GUUAGUAAUAGUGGCAGACGUCGCCGCGCUUUACCCAACCGCAAUUGAAUCACUCCCACUCGACGAUAUAUUUGUUGUCAUCAGUCCUCAGUCAGGCUUGCGAGUGUGCGCAUGCGCACGCGACCGCUUAUAAUUAAAAUCGCCGCGUUAUCACAAAUGUAUCUUAGUGUGUGAUAAGAUCAUUACAUCACUGAAUGAUAAGAAUCCUCAAGGACCGAUUCGUCUUACCUGCGAACGUAUCGUGAAAAUUCGAUAUGAGUUGGCAGUAGCCAAAUCGGUGUGUAACAAUAGACAUUAUUAUAUUUAUUAUUGUGAACUGUGCGCCUCCGUUUGUUCUAUGUGGUGGAUAGUAACAUGGGGACGACGAAGAGACUAAAGAUAACAGUGGUCGGAGACGGUAUGGUCGGCAAGACUUGCCUGCUCUACGUGUACACUAGAAAUGAAUUCCCAGAGGAGUACGUGCCCACAGUGUUUGACAACUACGUGGGUCACAUCACCGUAGACAAUGUGGAAGUGGAGAUGGCGCUCUGGGACACAGCAGGGCAGGAGGACUAUGAGAGAUUGAGGCCUUUGUCUUACAGUAACACAGACUGUUUCCUCGUGUGCUAUUCUGUUGGAAGCAGGUCUUCAUAUGAAAAUGUCAUUCACAAGUGGUAUCCUGAGCUGAAGCACUUCAGUGCCUCCGUGCCCAUAGUAUUAGUAGCAACUAAAAUAGACUUGAGGUCAUCAGGCAAAGCGGUUAUUACUACGCAAGAGGGGAAGAAAUUAAAGAGGAAAAUACGAGCUGCUCAACUUGUCGAAUGUUCUGCGCUAGAGCGAGUCAACAUGCAUGAAGUGUUCGAGGAAGGCGUCCGCGCAGCCCUAACCAAAAAACCAGUCCACAAACGCACCUGCCAAUAUCUUUGAUUAUCACACUACUACAUAAAGUCAUCGAUGCAAUAUUUUACAGCGUGGAUUUAUUAUAUUAUAAAUAAGUCAGUUUGAGAAAGGGCACAAUGAUUUUAUAUAUAUCAAACUACAUAGAAUGUUUGGACUCAAAGAAAAAUUAUUUUUUGUCAAUGCAAAACGUACAUUUUAUAAAAUAUUUCUAAUUAUUUCAAUUGUUUGCUAUAAGUAUUAUAAAGAUUGCACAAAUGUAAAUAAAUAGCGUAAAGAUAUUACUAUGUAUUAGUGGUUACAUGACCACGAACCACGAACUAGUGAGCAGUAAUUAUUAGGUACUUUGUUUCUUUUGUUAAGUACUUAUGAUUUCCUCUGUAAAUUAUUUCCUUAUAAAUAGAUACUAUAAUAUUAUAUUAAAGAUUAUU